CGCUGCCGGGGAUCUCUGACUCGUGCCCAGAGCGAGCCCGAGUGAAAGCCGCAGCCUGAGCGGAGCAAUCCGCAGGCAGGACCCGCGACAGCCAGAUCAGGUUGCAGCCCUGCCUUUGGAGCUUUUACACCACACCCCUCCAACGUGGAUUAGUAGGGGAGGAUCGCAUUCAGCUCUGAUUCAGGAAUUCCCUCUUUCUUCAAGAGCUGUUGCUAGGAGUUUGGUGUGGUUGGAAAGCAGCAUUCACAACCUUCAUAAAAGCAGAAACAAGGGAAGAUGAAGGGAAGAAAAGAGGGACAUGCCUUACCUCCACCCUUUAUCUUGCUGUUCUUCUGUAUCGCCGGGCACGCAACUGCUGAGCUGGAUGGCAGCAAAGAAGAGCAUGCUGUGGGUGCUGGUUUGCCACCACUGAAGCUCGUGCACUCGUUCUGUGCCAUGAAAGCAGACGACGGUCCGUGCAAAGCCAUUCACAUCCGCUACUUCUUCAACAUCAAAAGCCGCAAGUGUGAAGUAUUUGAAUAUGGUGGAUGCCACGGCAAUGAGAACAACUUCCUAACGCUGGAGGAAUGCCAGGAGAAGUGUGUGGCAAAAGAAUUUCCUCAGAAGAUGGCGUUAGCAAAAAUUAAGAAAGGACAGCCUGACUUCUGCUUCCACGCCCAAGAGCCGGGGGUCUGCCGAGGGUAUUUUACCAGGUACUUCUACAACAAAGAGACAAAACUGUGUGAGGCAUUCAAGUAUGGUGGGUGCCUAGGAAACCAGAACAACUUCAGGAGUUUGGAGGAGUGCCAGACUACCUGCCAAGACAACUCAAAUUUAUUGCCAGUUGAAGAGCAUCCCAGCACUGUGAGCAGCAGUUCCCCAGCAGGAGAACAUCCCAGCACUGUGAGCAGCAGUUCCCCAGCAGGAGAACAUCCCAGCACUGUGAGCAGCAGUUCCCCAGCAGAAGAACCCAGCCAGUCUCCUGGGAUUUUUGUUAAUUUGUUGCCAGCUGCUCCAAAUGACAAGUCCAACACCCUGAACAGCAGUUCCCCAAAGGAGGAGCCCAACCAGUUCCCUAUUUUUUUUGAACCCCCUCCUAUCCCUUCUUUGUGCAUGACCCCCAUGGACAGAGGGCUUUGCAGAGCCAAAGAAUUAAGAUUUUUCUACAACUUCUCGACUGGAAGGUGUCACCCAUUUAGCUACAGCGGUUGUGGUGGGAAUGAGAAUAAUUUCGUCUCCAGAAAGUCGUGUUUGAGGAUCUGUAAGAAAGGAUUCAACAAGAAAAAAGGUGAAAGAAGAUUAAUAAAAAUCAAGAAAAAAAGAAAGAAACAGCCAGUAAAGGCUCUGGGCAUGGAAAUCAUCCCUGAAAUAAUGCAACUUUGAUUUUUAUGGAAAUGUGACGUAAACUGCUCUUCACUUGUGAAUGAAAACCUUCAGUGUACACCAUUAAAAUAUAUUUACUGUACUGAUUAUUUUGAUUAUAUAUUACUAAGCUGCUUAUAUUUUUUUAUGUAUUCCUCAAUCAUGUUAAUAAACAGUACCUUUUACUUUGCUAAAGGCUUUUAAA